GGCUGUGUGCACGCUGCCCUGGUGUGAUGCUCAUUUGGUUCUGUUUGAGUGAAAAUGAAACUUUGGGACAGUUUGUCCCACUGGACCCGAAUUUGGGACAGUUUAACGGCUUUUGCGGUCAAGCUUUAGCCGUGGACAUUUUUUUUCUUCCUCAAACAAGAGUGCGCUCAGAGCUCAAAGAAGAGACGCGGAUGUUCGCUGGGGCGCAGCGUGCAGCGCCGCUGCACAUGGGGCGCUCGGGGCGGCCGCCGCUGAUGUUGCUCGGUCUGCUGCUCCAAAUCUGUUCCGCCGUUACCAUUGAUCGCAUCAACUCCGACCGGUACGCGGUCUACUGGAACAGCUCCAACCCUAGGUUUUUUCAGGGUGAUUACACAGUGGAGGUGGCAAUCAAUGACUACCUGGAUAUCUACUGUCCUCACUACGAGGCGGCGGAGUCAGCCGUGCACAUGGAGCAUUAUGUGUUGUACAUGGUGAACUAUGACGGAUACAUGUCCUGCGACCACCACAGAAAAGGUUUCAAACGCUGGGAAUGUAACAGACCACAGAGCCCCAAUGGGCCACUCAAGUUCUCUGAGAAGUUUCAGCUCUUUACACCCUUUAGCCUGGGCUUCGAGUUCAGGCCAGGACACGAGUACUACUAUAUCUCAUCACCGCAUCCAAACUUGGGUAGGAAGCCUUGUCUGAAGCUAAAAAUCUACGUCAAGCCAACAAAUGAUUCGGUGUACGACUCUGCGGAGCCCUUCCUGACUGAUGAUACCACCGGCGGCUGCAGCCUUGCUUUGCCGUCUGCCAUGUUGCUCACCCUCCUUCUCAUACUCCUCAUCUCCUACUCAUAGCAGCUUUCCGAAUCAGACCAAGCACCGCCCCACCACCACUACCACUCUGAAGAGAACUUGAUGAAGGAAACUAAUCUAGCUUCCUCUUACUGAACUUUGACCUUUACCUCAAUAAUACUCAAAGGCUCCAACAAUCAGAGGAGGCAAGAACAGUGGUGGGGGGAGCUUCAGGCUGCAUAUCAACUCUAUGUGGAAUUUCUGGGAUCAUCCCUGCUCUUCUUUUAAUGUUUCUGUCAAGCUGUCAUAUAAAAUUGUGUUACAGAUCCACAAGUCAAGACUUUAAAGGAUCUCGUGUUAACAUUACCAGGUUCCAUCUCUGAAUAUUGGUGCAUAAUGCUUUAUUUUUAAAACUGUGAGGAUGAUUUAUUGUAUUUACAUCCAACAGCCGCUUCCUGAGUUCUAGACAUUGAGAUUUAUAUCCUGCUUAAGACACUAGAGAUCGUGUCCUGGUGCAUGGUCAAUAGUCCAAGUAAAUAUAAGGUCAUAAUGACCAAAACUAGCAAUAUUGCCUUACAAUGAGCCAUGACCUCAGUUUCACAAUCAACCAUUGAUCAAUGGCAUAAGUAUCAAUCACAGCUAGCUAGGAAAAGGCUGCAAAGAAAGCAAUGCAAGAUGGUGAAAGAUGUAUUCUUAGGCCUCUUCCUCAGUUGAGCAAUGGUCGCUCACUUUUCACUUUUCAGUCUCCUUGACUACCUGCUCAAGUCUUCCUCUUUGUCCAGGAUGUGCUCAUCCUAGUCUGUCUAGUUUAAUGAAACUGUGCACCUACCCUUGUUGCCACAAUGGUGUUGCUGUCUUUACGGAAUAACACGUGUCUUCCUCUUCUUCAUGCUUGUAUUGGAUGUUAGGGGCUUUGCAUUUCUGAGGCAAGCUGCAACUUUCAUCUGAAGUUGCUCCACAUUUGCCAACCACAAAAAUUGUUUCACAAUGCAUAUUUUAUCCCUGUUAUUAGUUUCACUAGCUGGAUUUGUCUUGCCAUGAAAGCUCAACUCUUUCUUAAGAAUGGCUUUCUCUGCUUGAGAGAGUUGUCUGUCAGACACAUUCUUCACCCACUAGUCAAAAUGCUUGGUGUGAAUUUAGCAUACAUCUGUCCGUUUCCGCCACGCAGCAAGUAGCUCAGACUUCUGCUGUCUCAUCUGUGACUAUUCAUGCUGUUCUCAUCUAGAAGCUAUCGGUUCCUGGGUUUUGCCUAUUGUGCCUAACUUUUAUAUGAAUGAAAUGGAGAAAAGCUCUGAUAUCCUAUCCUGGAACACCACUGAGCCUUUGGUCCAGAUAUAAAUGACAAUCUGGUGAACAAACACAUCAAGUUCAUCGGUCUAGAUAUAAAAAUAUUAUAGGCAAUCAUUGUCAGGCUGUGAAAUUACUAAUUCAUACCCAUGCAUACCGAUCAGUAGUUUGACUUUGUUUAUCCGCAUGAUCACAAUGUGGGUGUCAUCAGAACAAUACAACAGAGCAAACAUUUUCCCCAUACACACCGUGGCCAGGGAAGCUGAAGAACAUCAUAACAAAGAGACCCUGCGUAGAUUUGUUUUUUGUGAUUUGGUGCUAUGGAAUAAAAUAUAACUGAAUUGAAUUAAAUGUGGUUGUCCCAGUGGAGCAUUUGUCAAAGCCAGCAACACGCUGACCAAACAAAAACCACUGAUGAACUGGUGUUUGUUAGGAUUGGACAGCUUUUCUUUUUCUUCUUCUUUCUUUCUUUCUUUCUUUUUUUUUUAAGAACGACCACGGUGAAAUCAAACUCUAAAACAUAAUACACCAAAAAUGAAACGACCAUUGCUGAACCAAGGAGGGGGCAUAAGAGUCUGUUAGAUGUCUUUCACCAUCUUAAAACGCUGUGAUUGCAGCCAUUUCCCAACUCUGUGGUAGUACUCAUCUGCUUUGAUCAGUGGUAAUGGCAGUUUGCAUAUUAAUGGUGGUACUUGUUUUUGUCAUGUAACUGCACUGUUUAAAGGUUGGGGAAGCCUACAGUUAGCUCAGACUGGAGAAGUCACUUGUGUUGCAAGGUUUCUUCCACUGAAAAUCAUUUGUAAAGAUCAAAAGAGUAAAGUUCCUGGCACUAAAUAUCUUAAUAUCUUGCUGUGCAAGUGGUUUCAAGCUAAAGUUGAUAAUUGAAGGAUUUUAGACAAGACACUGGAUAAAAAUCCCAGCAAUAUAGGUAACUUUCUUUUGCGAUUUUAAAUGAAUACUUUCAUCUGUAAUUAAACUCAUGGUGUUUAGGGAUUAUACAGGUUACAGACAGGUACCUUAUUUUCCCAGUAAACUCCCAAAAACCAGGCUAUUAACUUUGUUGUAAGUUAUUAUUGUAUUUACAACAAUGACCCACACAAUUACUAACUGCAAACUGUAAAAUAAAUUGUUUAAGUGUUGAUAACUACACUAUGAAGUAUUGGCUUGUUAUAUUUAAUGCAAUUACAUUUUAUUUGUUGGGACAGAACACAAUUUUACCUUCCCUGCGAGCAGCACUAUGUGACAGCAGGGAAGACAGAAUCCCUUUAAAGCAGAAGAGCAAUCUUCCAAAAGCUAGAUAUAAGGAGGCGCAGCUUUCUGCCAUAACUUUACGUAACUGUAACUUAGUUUUAUCUUUCAAAAAAAGUGGACAUUUAUUAGGAAAACUUACUGUGAAGUAACGUUAGAUAGGGACUCAUUUUCAGGAAAGUAUAUGAGCAAAAUAACAGUUACCUUAAAAUCAACCAAAAUGUUAUUGUAUUUUUUUUCUACUGUUCUAGGCAGCUGUUGGUUUCUGCACUUGUUGGUAACAAAAUUAAACAUAUUAUGUAUCAGAUUUACACAUUUUAAUUUCUUUGUUAAAAUGUACAACUGCAGGUACAGUUUUGAACAUUUUCAAAAUAAAAUGCUCAAGAAAUUACUAGACUAGUGGUACAUAUCUAAAAUUAGAAAAGUCCUUUCUCAGAGUGAUGCUGAAAGUCACAUUUAUUGCUUCUGUGCUGGACUACUGUAAUUCGUUAUCAGCAUUUCCUAAAAACUCCCUGAAGAGCUUUCAGUUGAUCCAAAAUGCUACACCAAGAGUACUGACAGGGACUAGAAAGAGAGGAUAUUUCGCCCAUACUGGCUGCUCUUCAUUGGCUCCCUGUUAAAUCCAGAAUCAAAUUUAAAAUUCUUCUCAUCACAUACAAGGUUUUGUAUAAUUAGGCCCCAUCUUAUUUUAAAGCUCUUUACAGGACUGUAUCACCCCAGCAGAGCACUUCACUCUCAGACUGUGGGCUUAUUUCCCAGGUGCUUGCUCAUAGGCGGUUGACUGAUUGUUGGGUUUAUUCUGGGGUUGGUUAUUGUUAUUCUAGGGUCUUUACCUUACAAUAUAUUACAACAAAUUUAUUAGACAUAUAUACACUACCAGUCAAAAGAUUGGACGCACCUUGUCAAUUAAUGGUUUUUCUUUAUUUUUGCAAAUACAUACUGAAGACAUCUAUUAUAUGAGUCAAGAUAUAUGGAAUUAUGCAGCAACAGAAAAAGGAUAAAUAACUUUAUACAUAUCUUGUGUUUUAGAAUUCUGAAAGUAGCUACCAUUUGCUUUGUUGACAGGGCUGCAAAGACCUGAAAUGGUUGAAAUGAAAUGGACCAUCAGUUGUGUUGUGCAGAAGUCAGGUUGGCACAGAGCUGACAGCCCUAUUUGACAACUGUUAGAAUUCAUAUUAUGGCAAGGACCAAUCAAAUAAGUAAAGAGAAACAACAGUUCAUCAUUACUUUAAGAACUGACGGUCCAUCAGUCCGGAAAAUUUUGUAAACUUUGAAUGUGUUCCCAAGUGCAGUCACAAAAACCAUCAAGCACUAUGAUGAAACUGGCUCACAUGAGGACCGCCUCAGGAAAGGAGGACCAAGAGUCACCUCUGCUGCUGAGGAUAAAUUCAUCUGAGUCA